AUGAGUCAAGGUAAUCCGAUCAGUCGAACCGGUUUAUUGCUGAGUCCUCGAAAACAUCGUAAAUUAAAUACAAAAUUACGAAAGAAUUCCAAGCGUGAUUUAAAUUUAUUGCAAUGUACAAAACCCAUACAAUAUUCAUUGCGACCAUUUGCCAGCCUAUUCAAUCCAUAUUCACGGAAUUGUUCGAUUUUAUGCAAUCAUCCUGGGCCCAACGAGAUAAAAGAUGUGGUAAAACAGGUGAAAGAACGUGAUUGCAAAGGGCAUUUAAGUCCAAUACUAGAUCAUUGUUGUGGUGAUGUUAGCUGUGAAUUGAUCAAUAUAACGGCUGCUCAAACAACCGACGAUACACGAAAAUUGUCUGACGAUUAUUUUCAUUAUGCCGAUUCGGAUUCGCGUCCAUUGACCCCAACGCCAACGCCGACAAUUAUCAGUAAUCGAACACGUGUAAGUCAGACAUCGUAUUUAUUUCAUCGUAGACGAUGCCAUACACCAGACCCAGUGAACACAUGCGCCAACGAGCGAAAGCAACUGGUGUUAGAUUUGCGUCGAAGUCACAGCCAAGAAACAAUUGUUUAUUGUAAUGCAUCCGAAAUAUCAAUUCAAGCCGAUUCGGUGAAUUUGACGGCAAAAUCAGUGAUGAAAAUCGAUCAACAAUCACAACAGCCAAAGAAUAUGCGACUAUGUGAACAAGAGGCACGCAAAAAAUCAGCCGAACGAAAUGCAUUACAAAUGCAAAAAGACGAACCACCCGUUCCAAAUAAUGUUGUAUGCAUUAACGAUCGAACGAAUAUUGAAGACGAAGUUGAGGGGUUUCGACGGCGUGGCAAGAAAAAGAAAAAACAUAAAGACGGCAACACAUUUCGCAUCGACAAAGAACCGGAAACACAGAUUACAACACUUGGCCCGGACUCACCAAAUGCAAGUGCACGACCAUCGAUACCAAUUAAAGAUACAAUCGUUAAGGGCUCAACACAAGAUUCAACUACAGAACGGACACGCAACUGUAAAUACCUUCGCUCAAACUUCAUUACUGAAGACGCUCUGAAAAUUUUACGACGCGGUCUUGAUAUUGACAUUGUUGAAAGUGCAUUUGAGAAAUUUAUGAAUACCGCAUUGAAAGAGGCUUUCCAAACAAUUCCAAUGGACCAAUUCAACAAUAGCAAUGCUGCUUUACAUGAAUUCAAUGAAAAUAAAUUUGGCGUUGAAAAUUCUGUAAACAAUGACAAAUGGCUGAUAAUGCCGCGACAGUUCAUGAGAUCGGCUACUCGUUUUAGUCUACCAAUUAACACACAAAAACUCACGACACUAACUGCUUUUGAGUAUUUGAGCCAAUAUGUUUGGAUAUCGGACCAUCGAAAGAAUUUGUAUCGUUUUGUAUUCAAUAAAUACAUAUGCAAAAUGAACGACCAACAAGAUAUGGAUGACAAUGAAAAUGAAGAUGAAAAUGAACUGGAACGAGCCACUCCAAGCCAAACAACAAAUGAAAAAUCUAUUCAGCCAAAUGUGUAUAGGGAAUGUGUUAUGUCAUUCAACGAUCUCAUCGACGCUUUUACAAAUGUACUUGGCUACUGUGGUCCGGUGGAACAAAUGCUGGAAAAAAUUCAACAAAUUAUCAAAUUAACCGAAAUUAAUGAUAAAGAUCAUUCGACAAUUAAUUUUCGCAGUUGGUGCGGUUUAGUCGCAUUUGCCGAAAGAUUCUUGAAUAACUUGUCAUUCGAAGAAGACCCAUGCGAUGAGGUGGAAAUUGCUGACUUUGAAACCGUUGAGCGAAAAUUCAAGAACCUUACACCAUCAACGGCUCUCAGAAGGAUUCUUAUGAUUAUUAAAUACAUUAAAAAAGAAUAGAUAUUUUUCUACUUGCAGAAAAUGUAUUCAAUGGAACCUUUGACAAAAAUGUGAAUGAGUGAAUUCAAAUUUCAUUGAAACUUUAAUUAAUACAACGCAAUUUAAACGGUUUUCUCUGCAUUCUGCUUUGUGUGUAAACAUAUACACUAAAAAGAAGUCAACAUGACCAGAAAUCACCAGUUUGUUAAUCUUUCAACAUACGUGACGAAUACUAGGGGGUAGACACGUAGAAUAGGAUUAGACUUUUAGUGUAAAAAUUCGAGAAAUUAAAGUGGAAUAGACAAUUCAGUAACUGGAUUCACAUGGAUUCACUAAUCCCAUGUAUGGA